GUAGAGGUGGAAAAAACAUUUUUUUUUAAAGAAAAGUAGAUUGCAGACCGUGAUAGUGAACUAUCAUGAUUUUUUUAAUAUUUUUCUAUCUAUUAUUUUGUGCUAAAAUAGUGAAUUCAUUUACACAAACAAAUAACAUUAUAAAGGAUAAUGUAUUGAUUAUUUUUGUUGACGACUGGCGAUAUCUGACGGAAAAGGAAGUAUACUUGCCAAAUAUUCAAAAAUUGGCGGGAAAAGGCAUUAAAUUUCGUAAUGCUUUUGCACAGCAAUCACUAUGCGCUCCGAGUAGAAAUUCGAUAUUAACAGGUCGUCGACCUGAUGCAUUACGCCUAUAUGACUUUUAUAGCUACUGGCGUGAUGUUGUUGGAAACUUUUCCACUAUGCCGCAAUUAUUUAAAGAGUUUGGCUUCGAUACUUAUUCAGUUGGAAAAGUUUUUCAUCCGGGAAAAAGUUCUAAUUUUACCGACGACUAUCCUUAUAGCUGGUCUGACAUUCCAUACCAUCCUCCAUCGGGGAAGUAUAAAAAUUCAGCAGUUUGCAAGGAUAAACAGACUGAAAAACUGCAAAGUAAUCUGAUAUGUCCAGUAACUGUUAAAACUCAGCCUGAUAAUACAUUACCUGAUUUGGAAACUUUAAACUAUUCUAUUGAUAUUUUAAAUCAAAGGAACAGGAGCAAGCCAUUGUUUCUCGCUGUUGGAUUUCACAAACCGCAUAUUCCGUUGAGAUACCCUCAUAAAUAUCUAAAAAGGGUUCCGAUCAGCGAAGUUAAACCUCCCAGCCAUUCUCAUAUGCCUAAAGGAAUGCCGUCAGUAGCCUGGCAUCCUUGGACGGACGUCCGUCAUAGAGAUGAUAUAGCAGCCCUAAACAUUUCCUUCCCAUUCGGUACAAUGCCUCCGAAAUGGGCGUUGAGAAUCAGGCAGAGUUACUACGCCGCGUCGUUGUACGUGGAUGACCUUAUAGGACGAUUGAUCAGACAUGUUGACAACAACACCAUUGUAGUCCUUACUAGCGAUCAUGGUUGGUCAUUAGGAGAAAACGGUCUAUGGGCUAAAUACAGCAACUUCGACGUGGCUUUGAGGGUGCCUCUGAUAUUCAGAGUGCCAGGGCUACCACCAAAAUCCAUAACUACCCCCAUCGAACUUAUCGACAUUUUUCCAACCCUAGUAGAACUUGUGGGCUUAAAAGUAUCUACACCAAAAUGUAAAGGCUUCAAUGAUAAAUCAACCUUAUGUUUUGAUGGAAAAAGUCUACUACCAUUAAUGAGAAAUCACAAAGUGAAUGCAAAUAUACGUAAAUCCUUUGCGAUUUCUCAGUAUCCACGACCAAGUGUUUAUCCAAUGGUUAUUUCUGAUAAACCAAGAUUAAAGGAUAUAAAAAUAAUGGGUUACACAAUAAGAACUAAAAGAUAUAGGUACACUGAAUGGGUAUCGUUUAAUAACACACAGUUUACUAGGAACUGGGAUAAAAUAUAUGGUGUGGAGCUAUACAAUCACAUAUUAGAUGAUGAGGAAUCGAAUAAUUUGUAUUUGGAUCCAAAAUAUAUACAUGUUAGACAAAAAUUGUCUAUAUUACUUAGGCAACAAAUAGAUCCAGGCCUUUACAGUUAGCGUCACGAAAGUUGAUAAAGGUGAUGCCUUUUUGAACUGCGGAACUAUAGGCAUAACGCAUAGGUAAAUGAAUAGGUUCCUGUGGCGGUUGAGCGGUGUGGGGAGGCAAUUGAAAACAGGCUGUUUUUCGUACUACUCUAAGAGUAGUACGGAAGACCUCUAUACUACUCUUAUUAAGAGUAGUACAGAAAACAUAGCCUAUGUUUGUGAUUGGCCGGUCACUCAAAAUAGUUAGCACCCACUAACUUUUUGUCUUUGUCAUUUGCAUGGGAUUACGUAACAGAGAGCACCCUAUACUAACUUCCGUGGAUAGAGUAUAGCUAGCUGUUGUUGGUGCUAUGGCUCAUCGGGUUUUUAACAUGAAAACUUAUACUAGAUUUUCAACUUUCGUGCCGCGUGCUGGAGCCUUUGAGCUAGUAAAAAUAACAAUGUUCUAAUACUCAAUAAAGUAGGUUUAGCUUAAAAAUAGUGUUACUAUUAGUAAAAGUUUUUCUGGUAUUCUUAUCUAUACAGAACACACUGUGAAUAAGCAUAAAAUAACUAUAGUUUUAUUUUUUAUCUAAGUUAUCAAAUACACAAAUAAGUUUAUAUUUAAGUUAUACUUUUAAACAUAUCCACUGAGUCCAAUAAAACUACAACCGGUCUUACAACAGUUUUAAACAAGCAUUAUUUCAAAAUGUCAAAAAGUUAUUUUUUUUUCUAGCCUCUAGUUUUAUUCAAUGCACUAUGGUUUCCUGAUUCAUUAUUUAUUUCGUUAUCAGUUGUUUAUAAUUUCUUAGUAAUAAGACAGUAAAUAUUUUAUUUCAUUCCAAAUACAAAAUAUAGUACAUAACAUGUAAAUUAACGAUAUGAUAACCG